GAUAAUACCAUUGAUUUUCUGGAAUAUGUAGCUGCCUUGAAUCUUGUUUUACGAGGAAAACUGGAACACAAGCUGAGGUGGACAUUCAAAGUAUAUGACAAGGAUGGGAAUGGCUGCAUAGAUAAACCUGAGCUGCUGGAAAUUGUUGAGUCUAUCUACAAGCUGAAGAAAGCGUGUCGGUCGGAGGUGGAGGAGAGGACUCCAUUGCUCACGCCGGAGGAGGUUGUGGACAGGAUAUUUCAGCUAGUGGAUGAGAAUGGGGAUGGGCAAUUGUCUCUUGAUGAGUUCAUUGAUGGCGCCAGGAAAGACAAGUGGGUGAUGAAGAUGCUGCAAAUGGAUGUAAACCCUGGGGGAUGGAUCUCUGAGCAGAGGAGAAAGAGUGCUUUGUUUUGA